AUGCCCACCGAAAUGAACUCUUCGUUGCUAGAUAACGAAAGCAAUUUAAAUUUGGUGGAUAAGAUGUCGCGUUUGUAUGACAAGUCUCAAAGAAAAGCAACUAAGAAAUUAAUUAUAGCUAGUAUAAUAUGUAUUAUUUUUAUGGUUAUUGAAAUAGUAGCAGCAAUAGUAUCUAAUUCUUUAUCUUUAAUGUCUGAUGCUUCUCAUUUGUUUUGUGAUUUAUUAUCUUUUGCUUUAAAUUUAUUUUCUAUAUAUGUUUCAAGUUUUCAAGGGAACGUAGAUAUGUCUUUUGGUUACCAUAGGGCUGAAAUUAUAGGUGCACUAUUUUCUAUAUUUUUUAUAUGGUCCUUAUCAGCAUAUAUUUUAUAUACAGCUAUAUUUAGAUUAUUUGAUGUACCAAAAGUAAAUGGAUAUAUUAUGUUUGUUACAGCAUUUAUUAGUACGUUAGCAAAUAUAUUUAUGGCAUAUGUUUUACAAGUACAUUCACAUGGAUUUGGAUUUAUGAACGAAAACAAAUGUGGUGAUCAUACACACGAAACAUCUUGUCAUGAUAAUUCUUCUUCCUUAAUUUUAUCAGAUCAUAAGAAUUCUCAUAAUAUGGAAAAUGGGAGUGUUAAGAAGAAUUUUUCAACAAAGAGAUAUAAGAAUAUUAAUAGUGACAUUAUAAUAGAUGAAAACGAUAUAAGAGAUAAUAAAAAUAAUAUUUCUGGAAAUAAAAUAGAUGGAACGUCUUGUAAUUAUGUAACCUUUGAUUAUUAUGAUAACAUGGAGGAAGAUGAUAAAAAUGUAGGACACGUUAAUGAUAUGUCUGAACAAAAUAACAAUUUUAUGAAUAAAGAAAAAUAUAUGAGUAAAAAUGUUUAUAAUAGUACGAAUAAGAAUUCUAAUAAUUCCUCCUCUAAAGGUAAAGCAAGUAACAUCCAACAAAAUAAUCUAAAUAAUAAUAAUAAUAUAAAUAAUAAUAUAAAUCAUAAUAAUAAUACAUAUAAUCAAAUAAAUGAUGAAAAAACAAAAAGGAAAAAAAAAAGUUGUUGUGAUGUAGAGAAAGUAGAAGAAGAUGAUUUACAAAAAGAUCAUGCUUAUAUUAUAGAAAGUGAAUAUUGUGAUGAUAUAUUAGAUAAUCAUAAUCAUACACAUGAAUCUACAAAUCAUGAUCAUAGUCAUAAUGAUAUAAAUAACAUUAGUUUAAAAACAGCUUAUCUACAUGCACUUAGUGAUUUAUUACAAAAUGUAGGAGUUAUGAUUGCAUCAUUAUUUAUAUGGUAUGAUCCUAAAUAUUCAAUAGCCGAUCCUAUAUGUUCAAUUAUAUUUUGUUGUAUUGUUUUCUCAACAACUAUAUCAGUAAUUAAAGAAAUAUUAAAUAUAUUAAUGGAAGGUACACCUGUAAGUAUUAAUUUGAUAGAUCUUAAAAAUGAUUUAUUAAAAAUACCAGGUGUAUUAGAUGUACAUGAUUUGCAUGUAUGGUCCUUGUCUAUUGGAAAACCAGCAUUGGCUUGUCAUAUAGUUGCUAGCAAAACAUAUUCUCAUAGUGUAUUAAAUGACGCUACCUUACUAUGUCAAAAUAAAUAUAAAAUAUUACACACAACAGUCCAAACGGAUUACUCUUCAAACAGAUCGAAUUGUGAAACUGAAGCUCACCUUAAAUGUUCCACAUUGAAAGGGGAUACUUAA